AUGGCAGCUCACACCAUCGAUUUCCAGACCUGCCUGUCCUGUGUUAAAGCGGGAGAAUACUCCAUUCCAACGUCGGAAGAUCAUCUUCCAUUCUUCGAAGCAGAAACAUUCCACGUCACUUACAACAAAUGGUUUGGACAGAGGCUGCUUGACGCGAAGGGUAUGGACGCUGCAUUUCCUCUAGGCUUCGGAUUAUCUUAUACCAGCUUUUCGAUCUCAAAGCUCCUGGUCGGCAAGGUCAGAGAUGGACGCAUACCCGUCUCGGUCCAAGUGACCAACACAGGGUCUCGCGUUGGCAGACACAUUGUACAGGUCUAUGGCAAAACUAUAGCAGACGACUUCCCGUCACGCGUGCUACUAGGAUUUGCACCAGUCGACCUUGCGAUUAGGGAAACCAAAUCUGUCGAUAUAUCUGCUUCUAUUCGUCCAUUGAUGCGCUGGAGCAACUAA